AUGGCUUGCGAGUGGAGCAAAGCCAUGGGAGAAGAGGGCUUAUGUGAGGAAGUGGUUGAGGCUAUUCUGAAAAUGGGUUUCAAACGCAAAGCUUCAUUUGCGCAUGCCUUUGUCGACUCGAACGUCUUCGAAGAUUGGCUUACACGUUUCAAACUGAAGUUGGAUUCGUUCAAAGACCUGGACGAUGCGGAAUGGGCGAUGUCAACCUUUUCUCCUGGACGUUUGGUCUGCUUUGGGUGCUUACUGCAACGAUGUGGAUUGUUCAUUGCCGCCAUUACUGGCGCAGGGGACCGUGAAGAUCUCACACUUGAUCUCACGCUAAAAGACGUGGCAGCAGGACAUGCUUUUGAACUUCUUGGCGGUGAAGCUGAAGCGAAGCUGCGUUGGGGUGACCUUGUAGCUGCGGGCAAACUAGGGAUUGCUCAACCACCUGGCAAAAAACCUCGUCUCAUUGGGGACGGCACCGUCUCUGGCGCAAACAGCCGUUGUGUGAUUGAGGAAAAGGUACGCUUGCCAACAUUUGAAAGUGUGCAACGUUUCAUGUCACUCACCCAGCCUGGGGAGUGCUGGGGCGCACUGAACUUCGAUGUGAGGGGAGCUCACAAGCUGGUGAAGGUUGCCCCUGCAGAGCAGGGUCUAUCCUGCUUUGUGGUCAAAGGCCGCUGGUUUGCCUACAGGUCUUGCUAUUUUGGAUGUCGGUGGGCAGCUUACUGGUUCUCGCGGGUUGGUGCCUUCCUCGUCCGGCAUUGUCACCAAUUUCUUUGGGUCAAGCACGGUUUUUUCCUCUACGUGGAUGAUGGGCUAGCAUUGUUUCCUGCCGGGCUGUGCCCCCUCUUGGCUACAUCCUUGCUCCUUUUCUUAGCAGCGCUUGGAGUCCCUCUCUCUUGGGAGAAAGUGCGCAUGGGCCACUUGCAAUCGUGGAUUGGUUGGUCUUUUGAUGGGGGUCUUGGCCAAGCUGAAUUGCCGGACAACAAGCGGCAGAUGUUGGUGGGACUACUACAAGAAUUGACAUCGGCGCGGCGCAAGGAUUUGCGGGAUUGUGAUGUGCUCCGUGGAUGGAAACUCCAUUCAGUUUGGAAUUGCACAGUGUCCACUCUGGACAGCGAGCCUUUGAGAAUUCCGCGGGUUCGCCAGGGAUCGAUUAGCUGCGUUUUCUUUGAUUAUUCUCAGGAUAUGGUUCCAUGCAACCGGGCCUCCACUUGGGCUGCACAGUUUUUUCUUCGUGCAGUUGAGCGCCAAGUCAAAAUUCCUCUUCGGGCCGCAGCUGAUGCAUUUGCCACCCAGCAUCACGCUGGCAUUGGUGGUUGGUGGUGUCCAUCGGCUGAUGUCAGGAAGUCUGAAGUGUCGUGGUUCAGUGAGCAGUUGGUUCCAGCAUCUUUGCCGGCUUGGCUGUGCGCAAAAGCGACCUUGCAGCAAGAUAUCGCCUCCUUUGAAGGAGUGGCGCAGCUGUGCUUGCUUGUCGCGCGGACAGGCUGUGAAGAUACUCCAGGGGGCUACACUUUGCGCUUGCGUCAGCUGUGUGACAACUCGGGCACUGCUGCUAGAACCCUUGUCCUGCAAGGAAGAAUGCAGCGAUCAGCAUCUCUAGAGCCCAAGUGCUCUGACCAAAGCCCUGACCUGGGAAGGUUGCGGCAAAAACGGCUGCAGCGGCAGGGCCAAGCAGCAGAUGUGGAGGCGCUUCUGCACCCCACGGAAGGCUCAGAAGGUCCACCAAAUGGCAGUGACCAAAGGCUGGAUGCAUCUCGCGCUAGGGUGGAGAAGCCCAGUGAGCUUCCGCCCUUCACGCCAGAGAGCUGCCCCAGCUCGCCGGAGGAGCUGCGGCAGUGUAUCUUGAGGUUUUUGGCUUCUGGUGGUUGUAGCUGCCCGGUCAGUGCGGUGGGGCUUAACGCUGCCUUGCGUCGGGAACACUUGAGGGCUGGUCAUCCGCGCUCCGCACUCUCAGUGUUUAGGGCUUCGGACACGGUUGCUGCUUUGUUGGUGAUUCGCCAGAGCCUGCAGGAUCUGAAUGACCCUGGUGCACUUGUACUGGAUGGAGAUGGGGAGGACUUGCUGAUCGUGGAUGCGGAACCAGCAAGGAUCGCCUCCCUUUUGCACUCCUUGGGGGCUGGUGAGAGUCGUGCGAAGCGCGCGCGACUGGAGGUCAGCUCAAUGCCACCGGUCCAGGACUUCCAUCUGGGCUCUGCCAUGUUGACCCGAAUGCCAUCAGCACAGGGCAAUGGCCAUGAGUCUGUGAGCGUAGAAGAUCUCUUGCAGGCACCUACAGCCAGACAGCGCCAGCUCAUCGAUGCGGGGGAUGAGCUCCGACAGCUCUUGGCGGAGCCCACCGCGCGGCAGAGCUUGACAGCCCAGAAGUUCAUGAACAAGACUCAGAACAUGGCGCAGUUCUGCCCGCAUGGCAGCCGCUCAGACUGCCGUGCUGCAACUGGCUUCAUGUCUGCAUGUGCCAAGAUUCAUUUCCGAAAGGUCAUCAAACCCUGGACUGACGAGUCGCUUGGCGACUGUUCGUACCUCGACACUUGUCGGCACAUUGAGAAAUGCAAGUACGUCCACUAUGCGUUAGACCUCACUGUUGAACAAACGAGAUACCUGCAAGAACGUGGUGUCCACAAUCGGGGCACCGACACGAAGCGCAUCAAUGAGCUGGUGAUGAAAGGGAUGAAUCUGCCGGCGCAAUGGAUCCAUUGCGACCUGCGCUCCUUUCCCCUGUCCAUCUUUAAAGGCUUGAUCAGCGUGGUGAUGGCCGAUCCUCCAUGGGAUAUCCACAUGGAGUUGCCCUACGGGACUUUGACCGACGAAGAGGUGAAGAACCUGAACAUCGGGGACAUCCAUGAGCAUGGGAUGAUCUUCUUGUGGGUGACUGGACGGGCCAUGGAGCUGGCGCGGGAGUGUUUUCGCUUGUGGGGAUACAAGAGGAUCGAAGAGAUCGUUUGGGUGAAGACGAAUCAGCUUCAACGGAUCAUCCGCACCGGCCGGACGGGGCACUGGAUCAAUCACGCAAAGGAACACUGUUUGGUUGGCAUCAAAGGCAACCCAAAGCUCAACAGGAACCUGGACUGUGAUGUGAUCGUCAGCGAGGUACGUGAGACUUCUCGAAAGCCGGAUGAGAUAUACAACCUCAUCGAGCGGAUGUUUCCAAACUGUCAGAAGCUGGAGCUCUUCGGAAGGCCGCACAAUGUCCACGAGAACUGGAUCACCUGCGGAAAUCAGCUGGAUGGAGUUCGCCUGGUGGACGAGGAGAUUGUGAAGAGGUACAACGAGGAGUUCCCCCAGACACCAACCACGCCAUGGCGCAGAGCCAAAGAUGAGCUCAUUGCCUAUGGAGGCGAUGAUGCCCCUUGGGUUCCACCAUCAGAGGCACCCAAACAACCACCACCCUCGACAAGCGAGGCUUGGGUUCCGCCGCCACCACAGGCCGGUUGGCAUGCACCGCCUGCAGCGCAUGCAGCGCAUGCAUCCAUGUCCUGGGGCUGGCCGCUAAUGAGGUGA